ACCGAAUAGUUGCCACAAAUCUUCCCGAUCAAAAGUGAAAAUGUUUGGAUGUGCCAGUAAUAGAUAAAAGCUCGUGAAGUUCGCUUCGUUUUCGUAUAAAUUAAAUUUCGUGGUGCGCUCGAAGUGUUACCUGUAGUCUAGUUUGUUCUUGAGCAAUACCAGAGUAAUACGAAGCUUAAACAAACGCCCUCAGCAUGGGGGUGGCUGAAGAUUUUGCUCCCAGCUUUAUCAAAAAGCCACAACUGCAUCAGGAGGAUGAUGGAAAUCGGUUAAUAUUUGAGUGUCAGAUACUGUCAUCCCCGAAGCCAGAUAUUGAAUGGUUCCGGAGUGAUAAUAAGCUUGUAGAAGAUGAGCGAACCAAAUUUAAAAUUCAACCAGAUGGAAAUAAUAACUACACUGUAGUAUUAGAGCUGGACGAUGUAGUUGAAGCCGAUGCGGGACUUUAUAAAGUGAAGGCCAAGAACAAAUCGGGCGAAGUUUCUGCAUCAAUAAAUUUAAAUUUUACACAGGGUAUGUUUUCACUUCAUGAAAACGAAGGACAAAUCGACGGCUUCGCGCCGACAUUCGCGAAAAAACCAGCCAUACGACAAGAAGAAGAUGGAAAACGACUGCUUUUUGAGUGCAGAGUAAACGCUGAUCCUAUCCCAAUCAUAAAAUGGGUCCACAACGGCACAGAUGUAAAGGAAUCGUCAAGACACAAACUAACUAUUGACAAAGACGGUCAUUCCUAUUUUGCAACACUUGAGAUAAUGAAUGUCACAGUUGAGGAUGCUGGCAAAUAUAAAGUGAAUGCAAAAAACGAAUUGGGUGAAAGCAAUGCAACUAUAAGUCUAAAUUUUGACAGCGACGAGGCGCCCAUACCAGAAAGUGCUGAUGGUAUUAAACCAACUUUUACUGAACGUCCUGUAAUUAGACAAAGCGAAGAUGGUGGCAAUGUAACGUUUGAAUGCAGAUGCGUCGGAGAACCCAUGCCGACAGUCACAUGGUCCCAUGGCGAGACUAUUCUAAGCGAAGGAAAUCGUUACAAAAUGUCAUUGACCAUGGAUCAAAAACUCUAUUACAUGGCAUGUUUAGAGAUUAGUUGUGUAGUUUCCACAGACCAGGGUGAAUAUCGCGCGCUAGCGAAAAAUAGGCACGGCAGUGGAGUCGCAGCAAUAAAUCUAAAUUUCGAAAGCGGAUCGAAAAAAAUUCCUGAUGGAAAAUCGCCACGAUUUCCAAAAAAACCAACGAUCCGUCAAGAAGAAGACAUACUAAUCAUGGAAUGUAUAUUGGAGGCACAUCCAAUGCCAGAAAUUGUUUGGUAUUGUUCUGAUACGGAAAUUAUAAAUAACCAAAGAACUAAAAUGACACGCAAGGUGAUAACAAAAGAUAGUUACAGUCUUACAUUGGAAAUAAAAAAUCCCACAAAGGAUGAUGGUGGUAGCUACCGCUGUAACGCUAUUAACAUGUAUGGAGAGAGUAAUGCAAACAUUGCGCUUAAUUUUCAAGGUGCGAGCGAUGUAAACGGUUUUGCGCCAUCAUUUAUUGAGAAGCCCCGAAUAAUCCCGAAUGAAUCGGGUACAUUGAUUACCAUGAAAUGUAAAUGUAAGGCGAAACCGGAGCCUACAGUUACUUGGUAUAGGGGUCAAGAAGUUGUUGAAAAAAACCAGAAGAUUAAAAUAAACAUUAUCGUUGUGGCGGAAGAUACAUACGAACUAACCUUGGAAAUUAAGGAUCCUGGUGCGUCAGAUGGCGGGACUUACAGGUGUAACGUAAAAAACGAGUUUGGCGAAUCAAAUGCGAAUUUAAACCUAAAUAUAGAAGCUGAACCUGAGCUAGAGGGCGAAGGACCUACCUUUAUAGAAAAGCCGCGUAUUGUGUCAGAAAAUAAUGGAAAAUUGGUUAUAAUGGAAUGUAAGGUCAAGGCAGAUCCAAAACCAGAUAUAAUUUGGUACCGCAAUGGUAUGGCCAUUCAAGAAAUUAAUAAGAUUAAAAUGUCAAUGGAACAACGGGGUGAUCAGUAUUAUAUCAAACUGGAACUCUUAGAUCCGCAAUUAGAUGACUCUGGGAUUUACAAAUGCAACAUAAAGAAUUCCUUGGGCGAAUUAAAUGCAAACCUUACCUUGAAUAUAGAAAUUGUUCCUGUUAUAAAGGAAAAGCCGAAAAUUAUAAAAAUCAUAAAAAAACGAUCUGUUGUAAUUGAGUGUACUGUUGCAUCAAAGUUUCAGCCCAAGUGCACCUGGUACAAAGAAGCAAAUGUUGUUAAAGAGAGUACACGGCACGUUUAUCUUGUAGAGAAAAUCAAGGACGGGGAGUUUGCAGUAAAGCUAGAAAUCAACGAUGUAGAGGAAAGUGAUAAAGGCGCAUACAAAGUGGUGGCCAGCAAUGAAAAGGGGGAGGCUGUAUCUCAAGUCGUUAAUCUUAUCGACAUCCCAGAGGAAGAUCGCAAACCUUCUAAGCCAGAAAUAUUGAAAAAGUUAGUUGACCAGAAAGUGACCGAAUCGAAAAUGUUUGAGCUUUUGAUCAAGCUUACACAGUCGGAUCGUAAAUGUAAAGUAGAAUGGUAUAAAGGCAACACCCUUUUACGAGAAACUAAGGACAUAACUACAACUUUUGAUGGAACUAUUGCGCGCCUAACAUUUAGCACUGCAAAAUCGGAACACACAUCCAAUUAUAAAGUUAUUGUCAUUAACGAAGUUGGCAAAGAUGAAUCGAGUUGUAAAGUAACAGUAGAGAAAAAGGACAAAAAAAAGGAUGAAAAGCCCAAAAACAAUGAUGCAUCCGAUGCCAACAAGGAAUUAAAGGAAGAAGAAAAUAAAAAUAAAACUCCUGAAGUACCUGAAGAUAACUUGGAACCAGCAAGUAAGGCAGAAGAAAUAAAAAAGAUGAAAAGUCAAGAAAGUAAAGAAAAAACUAAACUUGAAAAAGAAGAAGAUAAAACCAAAAUUUUUGAAACCCAAAACAAAGCAGAUAAACCUGUGACAAAACUUCAACCAAAAAUAAUAACAAAGAACACUGAAAAGGAAGUAACGAAUGUGAAAACUGAUGAAGGAAAGGAAUCAAACGAAGUAUCAUCAGCGAAAAUUAUACCCCAAUCCAUAUCUAAAAAGGUGAAAAGUGAAAUACCUGAAGUUAAUAAUCAACAGUCAGACUUAAACAAAAACAAAAAAACAGAAUUGUCUUCUAGUACUGAUACAGAAAAUGAGUGGAAUGAGCCCCAAGCUGCGGAAGAAAAAAUUUUGAAAAAGGCGGAAAGAAAGGCAAGUAUCAUUUCCGUUAAAGAAGACGAUUCUUUAGAAGUCCGUCGUCAAUCGAUAAUUAAUUGUAAGGAGGAAACCUCAAUCGAAGACUCAAAGAUAGAAGAAGUAAGAAAAUCGUCAUUAGUGGUUCAGGAAUCCAAAACAGGGUCCCGAAGAUCAUCAAUUAUUGAAAAAAAUAGUUUAGAGCAGGUUGAUACUAAAAAACUUGAUGCUAACAAAAAUCCUCAAGAAAUAAAGGAAGAGAUUCCCAAGCUGAAACCUUCAGCAUUACGACGAAACUCAAAGCCCAUUGAAGCGCAAAAACCUUCAGAGGAUCUGCCACACCUUCGUAAAGCCUCAAUCGCUCAACCAAAAGAGGAAUCAAAGCCAGAAGCUCCAAAAGCAAAGACCAAACCCAAGGCCAAGAGCAAGCCUAAAUACGAAGAGCUUCCAGAGAUUCCUGAUUAUGAACGUCCAGUGCUCGAAAAAUAUGAAAAAUCAGAGUUUAAGCCAUCUGAUUUUGGUCGUGAUGUGGAAAUCCCAAGCAAGAUGGAAAAACCCAUUUUAGAUGGAAACAAGAAGGAACCACAACCAGAAUCCCCGAAGAAUGACCUAUUAAAAAAGACUGCAAUUAUUGAAAAAACUCCUGAAGAAAAAAAAGAGCUAAAAAUCGGUAAAGGUAAACUUGCAUAUGAAGAUGACGGUCAGGAUGGAGUUAGCCUUAAACCGGUCAUUAUAGAACCACAGAAUGACUCAACUGACGGGAAUUCCCAAGAAUCUAAGCAGGCUGAAAGAACAUCUUUGUUAGAUACUAUAAAGCAGCGUCGGCGAUCGUCUAUAAGAAAUUUGAUGACUAAGGAACCAAUUCAAAAUGAAUCAUUCCUUGGGGUUGUUUUAAAACCCGUGAUAAAGGAUUCUAAAGAGCAAACGUUGCCACAGCAAGCUAAGCAGCUAACGAAGGCAAACAUAUUGGAGAAAUUAUCUUCAACAAAGGCAAUAAAGGCGCAUAUAUCAGACCUAAAAAAACCCGAAGCUGUGGCAACCCUAAUCGAUGAUUAUGAGGUUCCUGUUCUAGAAAAAUAUGAUCCAGUUAAAUUAGAUAAUUCGAAAUCAGAAGUACCAACACCAGGCAUUAUAACACCGGACACAAAGUCUUCUGUAGUAAAAGUACCUGUAGAAUUUCCUAAGGAGGAGAAACCAAAAAUGACUAAAAUACAACAACCUGCAGCAGGAGAACCUCCAAAGAUUGAAGUAAUUCGGGAGAAACGACCAUCAUUGGCGCCAGAGCCACCGAGUCGUAGAGGAUCUUUGAUACCGCCAGCCGAUAUGGGUCGUCGACCAUCUCUGAUAAUCAAUGACGAGAAGAAACUCCGUCCAGGCGAAGUAAUGGAUACACGGUUAUUGAGGCCAGGAGAGGUCGGUGAAGGACAGCUUAAACAACACCGUCCAGGCGAAAUGGGGGACAACAAACAGCGGAGAAGACCCUCAAUCGAUGUGCGCCGUCCUAGUGUACAAGAUUUGGAAGAUCUUAUAAAUAAACCAUCUACACCAUUACGCGAUGUCGGUGAUGGUGGCCCUCCCUCAAUUGUUGAUGUCCAAGAGUCCUACUCUGUUGUAGAAGACUCGACCGCUUAUCUUACGGUUGGUGUCGAAGGCAGUCCAGCACCCACAUUCAAGUUCUACAAGGGAGUAAGUGAAAUUCUCGAGGGCGGUCGUUAUAAGUUCCUUACAGAUGGACAAACAAACACAAUCACAUUGUGUAUGCGUAAGUGCAAACCCAAUGACGAGGGAAAGUACAAGAUUGUUGUGUCAAACAUUCAUGGCGAAGAUUCAGCGGAAAUGCAAUUAUAUGUAUCGGAUUCAAGUGGCAUGGAUUUCCGAGCCAUGCUCAAAAAACGUCGUUAUCAAAAAUGGGACAAAGAUGAGCAGGACCCUAAUUGGGGGGAUCUUAAAGAAACUGAAAAACCAUUACCGGCCCUUAAAAAAGUUGAAAGGGGCUCAGGAUCUCGUAGACCAUCAUUAGCCGAGUUGAUACCAGACUGGCCGACGCUUCAUCCGUUUCGGCGUGACGAGAAGGUUGAGUCAUUCCUUAGCCCACUCAUCGAUCAGUUUGCAAAAGAAGGAAAGGAUAAAAAAGUUAUUUUUGAAGCCAGAUUCAGUAAACCAAACUGUAAACCUAAAUGGCUAUUUCGUAAGGAUGAAGUGUUUACUGGCAGCAAGUUUAAGUUCAAACAGGAAAACGACACGUACCAACUGAUAAUUAUGACACCGAAAGUAGAAGACACUGGAAAAUAUACCAUUGAAAUCGGUGGGGUAUCAAGUACAGCAUUUUUGAAUGUCGAAGAAGCCGAUCCAACAUACACAUUUACUAAAACAUUGAAAAAGAAGCUGGAAGGAUUCACAGAACAUGAAACUACCCUUGAGUGCGCUGUCAGUAGUAGCAUGGCUAAUGUGCACUGGUUUAAAGAUAAUACAAAAAUUGAGUCUGAUGAUCCGCGCUAUCUAAUAUCCAAAGACAUUAAUGGAAACCUUAAACUUAUUAUAAAAGAAUCUUUAAUAGAGGACUCCGGAUUAUAUAGAUGUCAGUUAGAUAAGCAAUCAGAUAAGACUGAAUGUAAUCUAAGGGUUGUGGAGUACCCGUAUAAGUUUGUCAAAGUUUUGAAAUCUCAGCAGUGCGUGGAAAAGGAUACAGUGACGCUUGCCUGUGAAAUCGAUGAUGCUCGAGGCGAAGUUCAAUGGUUCCGAAAUGAUGAAGAAAUUAAAGCUGAUAAGCGAAUACAAAUUAUAAAAGAUGGACGAAAGCGCAAGUUAGUAAUUAAAGACUGUAAGGUUACUGAUGCUGGUCGUUUUAAAUGUACAACAAACGCGGAUAAAACUGAGGCUGAAAUAAUUAUUAACUAUCAAAACCGUUUUAACAAAAAACUGAAAGACACAGAUGCAGUUGAAAGGGAGAAACUUGUCCUGGACAUAGAACUGCAGGAUCAGACAGCGCCUUGCAAUUGGAAGUUCAACGGAGACCCCAUAGUGCCAAAUGAACGAAUUGAGAUAAAAAACCUCGGUGGCGGAAAGCAUCAAAUAAUUUUUAACAACCUUGAAAUGUCUGAUGAAGGUGAAAUUGAGUGCGAAUCUGGUCAGAUAACAUCAAAGUGCCAUCUGUCCGUCCGUAAAGGAGAAAGCAGACCAAACAUUGAUUGCCCUGAUGAAUUUACUGGUCCUAUUUCUGCUCCGGUAGUUAUAGAAGUACCAUUUAAAGUUUCAGGUACUAAGCAAUCUCCGGUUGAGGCCAAAUUGUUCAAAGAUGGAAAGCCUUUGCCAGUAAAGGACGUGGAUGUAUGCAUUGCCGAUGAUAAAGUAAUAUUUAAAAUAAAAAAACCAUCAAGAGAUUUAUCUGGGCCAUAUCAAAUAAAACUUUCUAAUGGUCAAGGCGAAGAUUCAAAGGAUGUACAUAUUAUUUGUCAAGAUGUUCCACAGCCACCGCAAGAUGUUGAUAUUACGGAUGUUUACCAGACUUCAUGUAUAGUAAACUUUAAGCCACCUACUGAUGAUGGUGGAACUCCCAUAAUAAAAUAUUUGAUUGAACGGCAAGAUAUAAGCAAAAAACAAGGCUGGGAGCCUGUCGUAGAGGUUUUACCUAGUGAACCUUUGGUAAAGAAAAUAGAUGACUUGGUUCCAAAAAAGCAAUACAGAUUCCGUCUUCGUGCUGUUAACAAGAUAGGUCCAUCUGAUCCGGCUACAUUUAAAAGCUCAAUUCUUGCAAAAGAUCCUUGGGAUGAGCCCGGAAAGCCCCAAUCUGUUGAUCUUAUUGACUGGGACAAAGAUCAUGCGGAUCUCAAGUGGGAAGCACCCGAAAAUGAUGGAGGGGAUCUUAUAACUUCGUACAUUUUGGAAUACAAAGAAAAGUUUUCAAAUGAUUGGGUUACUAGCAAAGAGGUCGAUGGACAAACAAGAGCUGCUACUGUAGACGGCCUUAAAGAAGGACAGCAGUAUGAAUUCCGAGUUCGUGCUGUUAACAGAGCUGGUCCGGGUGAACCAAGCGAUAAGACAAAAUCAAUUAUUGCCAAAUGUCGCUUUGUUAAACCAUUCCUUGUUGGCGAUGGUCUAAAAAAUAUUACCGUUAAAAAGGGUCAAACCAUACGAUAUGACAUAAAGUAUGAUGGCGAGCCAGAGCCGACAGCUACAUGGUUAAAAGGACAUGAUAAUAUCAAGUUUGACAACCAGCGCAUAAGCUUGGAACAAUUGGAAAGAAACUCGUCAAUAACUGUUAAAAAGGCUGUGCGCAAAGACACUGGUAGAUAUAAAUUAGUACUUUCGAACAGCUCGGGCACAAUUGAGUCUGAAGCUCAAGUGGUGGUUCUCGACAGACCUUUAGCUCCCGGAGGCCCGCUAGAACCAGAUGAAAUACGGGCAAAUCACAUCAAAAUGAAGUGGAAGCACCCUGAAGAUGACGGCGGUUGCGAAAUUACAGGAUACACUUUGGAGCGAAUGGAUGAAGAAACAGGGAGAUGGAUACCUGCAGGAGAAGUAGGUCCGAAUGAAAAUUCAUUUGACUUUAAAGGACUAACCCCAAACAAAAAAUACAAAUUCCGUGUGAAAGCUAUCAACAAAGAAGGCGAAUCUGAACCACUUGAGACAAGUGAUGCUAUUUUAGCUAAAAAUCCCUAUGAUCCACCUAGUCCUCCAAGUCAACCAAUUAUUGAUGAUUAUGAUAACAAAAGUGUGUCACUUAAGUGGAAUCGGCCUCCAUCAGAUGGCGGACGCCCCAUUACUCACUAUGUAGUAGAAAUGAAAGAUAAAUUUUCUCCCACAUGGAGCGAGGUGGCACAAACAGAAGAUCCAACCCCUAAAUGCUCUGUUGAAGGCCUAAAAGAAAAAAUGAUUUAUCAAUUCAGAGUACGUGCGGUAAAUAAAGCAGGCGCUUCUGAGCCUUCACAGCCAACAGACAACCACCUUUGCAAGCAUAAAAAUCUGAAACCGCAGAUUGAUCGGUCAACGUUUAAGCGCGUGACUAUAAAAAGUGGCCGUACUCAUAAAUGGUCUGUAGAUGUUAUCGGAGAACCAGUACCUACCCUAUGUUGGAGUUGGAGGGAUGAUAUUCCUUUAAACAACGGAGACCGAAUAAAAAUUGAAAACGUUGACUAUCACACUGAUUUUGCCAUUACAAAUGCACUGCGUAAGGACAGUGGAUUUUACACUUUAAAAGCGGAAAAUUGUAAUGGUAUUGACCGUGAAACAGUGGAGCUAGUUGUACUAGGAAAGCCCAGUUCACCCAAAGGUCCUUUGGCCGUUGGAGAUGUUAGUGCGACAGGAUGUAAAUUGCAAUGGAAAAAGCCUGAUGAUGAUGGCGGAGUUCCAAUAAAAGAGUAUGUAGUCGAGAAAAUGGAUACGGCAACAGGAAAGUGGAUUCGUGUGGGUAGGUCACCCGGUGAGAAAGAACCACCAAGCUUUAACGUAACUGGCCUAAGCCCAGGAUCAGAGUACAUGUUUCGUGUUUCUGCUGUUAACGAGGAAGGUGAGUCCGAGCCUCUGACUUCUUUAGUGGGUGUUGUGGCAAAGGAUCCCUUCGAUGAGCCAAAUAAACCAGGAGCUCCUGAAGUUAUAGACCAUGAUAAUGAGAGUGUGAGUUUGAAGUGGAUGCCACCUAAUAAUGAUGGCGGCGCCCCCAUACAAAAAUACAUUAUUGAAAAGAAAGAUAAAAAUAAACCAGAGUGGGAAAAAGCCAUUGAAGUUUCUGGAGAUAAGUUGGAAGCUAAAGUUGGUGGUCUACAAGAAUAUGGGGAAUAUCAAUUCCGUGUUAUCGCCGUCAACAAAGCGGGUUUAUCGCCUCCAUCAGAUGCCAGUGUACCACAGAUAGUGAAGUAUAAAAAAUUGAAGCCACGAAUUGAUCGUACCAAUUUAAAACCAUUGUUAAUUCGCGCUGGAAAACCUAUUAAGUACGAUAUAAAUGUUCGUGGUGAACCAGCUCCUACAAUAACAUGGUAUCAAAAUGAUUUAGAACUCAAGCCAAACGAAUUACCUAAUAACAGCGAGAUAAAAAAUAUACCAUAUAAUACAAAGAUUUCAAUACUUGAUGCAGUAAGAAAAAAUACUGGCACUUACAAAAUAAAAGCAGUAAAUGAACACGGAGAGGACGAAGCUACUGUCGAAGUAAACAUUUUAGGUCCUCCUGGAAAACCAAUGGGGCCCUUAGCUGUGACAGAUAUUACAAAAGAUAGCUGUAAACUGAAAUGGAAAAAGCCUAAUGAUGAUGGUGGAGUUCCUAUAACAGCCUAUCAGGUGGAAAAGUUUGAUAAAAAACAAGGACGAUGGGUACCUGUUGGUCGAUCUUCUGGCAAUGAUACCGAAUUUGAUGUCAAGGGUCUUCAGGAAGGCCAUGAGUAUCAGUUUCGAGUCAGAGCCAUUAAUGAAGAGGGUGAAUCUGAACCUCUUGAAACAGAUGGCAGCAUUAUAGCUAAAAAUCCAUAUGAUGCUGCCAGCAAACCAGGUACGCCAAUAAUUGACGAUUACGAUGAGCAUAUGGUCAAACUUAGGUGGGAGCCUCCAAAAAGUGAUGGAGGGGUACCGAUUGUAGGUUACAUUAUUGAAAAAAAAGAUAAGUUUUCACCCAUUUGGGAUGAAGUGCUCACCACUAAUAGUCCUGCCCCUGAAGCAGUCGUUAAAGAACUAACUGAAGGAAAUGUAUAUCAGUUUCGAGUUCGGGCAGUUAAUAAGGCGGGCGCCAGUGAACCAAGCGAUGCAACAGGACAUCAUUUAUCUAAGCCAAAGAAUCUUAAACCAUCUAUAAACCGUGAAAAAAUGAACUCAAUUAAAGUGCGAGCUGGUCAAGCUGUUAAGUUUGAUAUAGACGUUAAAGGAGAGCCUGCGCCUUCUCUUACAUGGAUCUUUAAGGAAAAAGAACUAUUGCAUACAGGAAAAGUUCGAUUGGAAAAUGAAGACUACAAUACAAAACUUACUCUGUUAGAUACAUCGCGUAAGGAUAGUGGCCAGUACAGGCUACGAGCAGAAAAUAUAAAUGGGGUUGACGAAGCUGAUGUGGAAGUAAUUAUUUUGGAUAAACCUUCAAAACCUGAAGGACCUUUGGAAGUCUCAGCUGUUCACAAAGAAGGUUGCAAGCUCAGAUGGAAAAAGCCAAAAGACGACGGAGGUGUUCCUUUAACAGGUUACGUUGUAGAAAAAAUGGAUACGGCGACGGGAAAAUGGGUACCAGCAGGAUCAGUUGAUUCUGAAAAGACAGAUAUAGAAAUAAAGGGUCUGGAUCCUAAUCAUCGUUAUCAAUUCAGGGUAAAAGCCAUCAAUGAGGAAGGUGAAUCGGAAUCUCUUGAAACAGACUCGGCCAUUACUGCCAAGAAUCCAUUUGAUGUUUCCGCUCCUCCUGGUCUUCCAGAGCUUGAAGACUGGGAUGAAAAUCAUGUUAAGCUAAAAUGGGAGCCUCCAAUUCGCGAUGGUGGAUCUCCAAUAAGCUGUUACAUAGUGGAAGUUAUGGACAAAGACACCGGCGAAUUUGUUAAAGCCCUUGAAACAGAUAGUCCAAUUUGCAAAGGAAUCGUAAAAAAACUUGAUGAAGGACAACAAUACAAGUUCCGAGUUAGAGCAGUUAACCAGGCCGGCCCCUCGGAUCCAUCGGAACAAACGAAUUGGCAUACAGCAAAACCUAGAUACUUAAAACCACAUAUUGACCGAACAAAUCUUAAGCCUGUCAUUGUAAAGACUGGGCUAUCGAUCAGUUUGGAUAUUAUUAUAAAGGGUGAGCCAGCUCCAAAAGUACAGUGGCUUUUUAAUGGGAAUCCGCUCAUAAAUCAAAAAGAUGGAGUUCAAAUUGAUAAUAUUGAUUAUAACACGAAGUUCUUUGUUAUGCGAGCAGAACGGUCACAAAGUGGAAAAUACACUAUAAAAGCUAUUAAUGAAGUUGGCGAAGAUGAGGCCGAAUUAGAGAUUUCAGUUUUGGGCAAGCCUGCAAAGCCUGAAGGUCCACUUCAUGUUAACGAUGUAACGAAACACAGUUGUAAACUAAAGUGGAACAAACCAAAGGAUGACGGUGGGGCUCCAAUCGACUACUAUGAAAUAGAAAAACUUGAUCCGCAUACUAGUCAAUGGCUACCUUGUGGGAAAAGUACUGAGCCGGAGGCAAAAGUUAUUGGUCUUCAAGAAGGCAAACAAUAUAAGUUCAGGGUGAGAGCUGUCAAUAAAGAAGGAGAGUCAGAAGACCUAGAAACCGAAAAACCAAUUAUUGCGAAAAAUCCAUUUGACGAACCAGAUAAGCCUGGAAGACCAGAUCCAACUAAUUGGGACAAAGAUUUUGUUGACCUAGCUUGGGACCCGCCAAAAAAUGACGGCGGGGCACCCAUUCAAAAAUACAUUAUCCAAAUGCGUGAUAAAUCUGGACGAUCUUGGGUAGAUGCAGCUACCAUUGCCGGCGAUAAGACUAAAGGUACCGUUACUGGUGUACAAGAAGGCCAUGAAUACGAGUUCCGAGUAGUUGCUGUCAACAAGGCUGGUCCUAGUGAUCCUAGUGACGUCUCUAAGUCUGUAAUAGCCAAACCUCGACAUCUUAAGCCACAUAUUGAUCGAAAAAAUCUGCAAAAGAAAAUAAUGCGCAAUGGCCAAUUGCUUCAUAUGGAUGCUAAUGUUAAAGCGGAACCUCCUGCUAAAAUCACUUGGGUAUACAAUGGAGCUGAAAUUAAAAACUCUGAUAAAAUUAAAAUUGAAAACGAAGAUUACAAAACGACAUUUGUUAUUCCAAAGGUCAAGCGAACUGAUUGUGGUAUAUAUACCGUCACAGCUAAAAAUGACUCAGGUUCUGAUACUGUCCAAGUUGAACUCGAAGUUUUAUGCAAGCCUAGCAAACCUAAAGGUCCAAUAGCUGUCUCUGCUGUACUAGCCGAAAGUGUUCAUCUAAAAUGGGAUAAGCCGGAAGAUGAUGGCGGCGAGCCCAUCGAACAUUAUAUAGUCGAACGCAUGGAUACAGAAACUGGUCGGUGGGUACCUGUUCAAACCACAAAGACACCAGAGGCAGAUGUUACGGGUCUUACUGAAGGUAAAGAAUAUCUGUUCCGCGUAAAAGCUGUUAAUUCUGAAGGCGAAUCAGAGCCAUUAGUAUCAGACGUUCCCACCAAAGCCAAAAAUCCAUUUGACCCUGCCGAUACUCCAGGUAAACCUCAAAUUACUGAUUGGGCCGCCAAUUUCUGCGAUCUUAAAUGGAGGGCCCCUGAAGACGACGGUGGAGCACCUAUAACAUCCUACAUAAUAGAAAAAAAAGAUCCAAGCACAGGAAAAUGGCAAAAAGCUUUUGAAUCCAAUACACCUGACUGCAAAGCUCGAGUUAAUGACCUUAUUGAGGGAAAAAAAUAUCAGUUCAGGGUUAAAGCUGUUAAUAAAGCAGGUCAAAGCAAACCUUCGGAACCGUCUGACCAGCUGAUCGCUAAAGAUCGAUUUGCACCUCCUAAAAUAGACAGAACACAUAUAAAAGAUGUUACAAUUAAAGCAGGCCAGCCUAUUCGGUAUGACAUUAAAGUAUCCGGAGAGCCUCCGGCAACCAAAGCUUGGCUUCACAAUAAGGCUCGACUUAACAGCGAUGAUACCGACUACAAUAUUGAUAUUGAGUCAUAUCGAACCAAAUUAGCUGUACCAUUUGCAAAACGACUUCAUUCUGGAAAAUAUACUCUUAAGGCGGAAAAUGAGUCUGGGCGUGAUGAAGCCUCGUUUGAAGUUAUUGUACUAGACAAGCCAGGUACACCAGAGGGUCCACUACGAGUCUCGGAUGUGCAUAAAGAGGGAUGUAUGUUAAAAUGGAAUCCUCCCUUAGACGAUGGAGGACUGCCAAUAGAAUAUUACAUCGUUGAAAAAAUGGAUACUGAGACUGGCCGUUGGUUGUCAUCUGGGCGGUUCAAGGAGCCGUUAGCGGAGGUUUGUAACUUGGAACCUGGACACGAAUAUAAGUUUAGAGUCUUAGCUGUCAAUACUGAGGGCGAAUCAAAUCCUUUGAUUGGCGAACAGCCUAUUAUUGCUAAAAAUCCAUUUGAUGAACCAGGAAAACCAGGAAUACCUGAAGCAUCAGACUGGGAUAAAAAUCAUGUGGACCUUGUUUGGCGUCCACCGAUUAAUGAUGGCGGCUCCCCUAUAUCAUCCUAUAUUGUUGAAAAACGGGAAAAGGGCACUGAUAAAUGGAUUAAAGGAGCUGAAGUAACUGCUCCAGAAUUAGGAGAAGAAUGCAGGGCGAGUGUGAACAAUCUUGAUGAAAACUGCGAAUAUGAAUUUAGAGUUAAAGCCGUAAAUGCAGCUGGUCCUGGAGAACCGUCUGAUUCAAGCAAAUUUGUUAUUACUAAGCCUCGGAAAUUGGGACCGAAAAUUGACAGAAGGAACAUUCGAACAUACAACUUUAGAGCUGGAGAACCUAUAUUCUUGGACAUCAAUAUUAGUGGUGAACCCGCUCCAGACGUCACAUGGCAACAAAAUAAUAAGUCGGUUCAGUCCACAUCAGAAUAUCACAUCGAAAAUAUUCCAUAUAAUACAAAAUAUAUAAAUAACAAUCCGAAUAGAAAAGACACAGGACUUUACAAAAUUAUCGCCCUAAAUCUCUAUGGACAGGAUCAAGUGGAGCUCCAGAUUAAUAUUAUCAGUAAGCCUGGAAAGCCUGAGGGUCCUUUGGAAGUAUCAGAAAUUUAUAAGGAUGGCUGCAAGCUUAAAUGGAAAAAACCAAAAGAUGAUGGCGGUGAGCCGAUAGAAUGCUACCUUAUUGAGAAGUUUGACUCAGAUACGGGAAUUUGGUUACCUGUUGGAAAAACUGAAGUUCCUGAAUAUAACGUAGAUGGACUUGUGUCAGGAAACGAGUAUCAAUUUCGAGUCAAGGCCAUUAACAAGGAAGGCGAAUCAGAACCUCUUGAGACUUUUGGAUCAAUUAUUGCAAAAGAUCCAUUUACUGUUCCAUCAAAACCAGGAGUUCCUGAACCCACAGAUUGGACUGCAAAUAGAGUCGAACUUUCUUGGCUUGAACCAGCAAAUGAUGGAGGAUCACCAAUUACCGGCUAUCUCAUUGAAGUAAAAGACAAGUAUAGUCCACUUUGGGAAAAGUCUUUAGAAACUAGCUCACCAACUCCGAUUGCUACUAUUCCGGGACUAAUUGAAGGAAAUGAAUACCAAUUUCGAGUAGUUGCAUUAAAUAAGGGUGGUCAGUCAGAACCUUCCGAUCCGAGCAAAACAUUUAUAGCGAAACCUCGUUAUCUGGCUCCAAAGAUUGACCGUAGAAAUUUGCGCGAUGUAACUAUUUCAUCAGGAACAGCUCUUAAAUUGGACGCAAACAUAACUGGCGAGCCUGUUCCUAAAGUUGAAUGGAAGUUAUCUAACUAUCCACUGCAAUCAUCAAAGAAUGUUACCAUAGAGACACCCGACUACUACACGAAAUUGGUCAUUCGACCAACUCAACGAAGUGAUUCUGGAGAAUACUUAGUGACAGCUACCAAUAGUUCGGGAAAAGAUUCUGUGCUUAUUAAUGUAGUAAUUACAGACAAGCCAACUCCUCCCAAAGGGCCUCUACAAAUUUCUGAUGUACACAAGGAAGGUUGUCAUCUUAAAUGGAAGCGGCCCAUUGACGAUGGAGGUACUCCAAUUGAGUAUUUCCAAAUCGACAAGCUAGAUUCUGAGACAGGUUGCUGGGUUCCAUGCUGCCGUUCAACUGAACCUCAAGUGGAUGUGUCUGGCCUUACGCCUGGUAAUGAAUACAGAUUUAGAGUAUCAGCUGUAAACUCUGAAGGAGAGUCAUUGCCUUUGCUUGGAGAGGAUGCAGUCGUUGCUAAAAAUCCAUUUGACGAACCUGGAAAACCAGAAAAUCUUCGAGCUACUGAUUGGGAUAAGGACCAUAUAGAUUUAGCAUGGACUCCACCUUUAGCAGAUGGCGGCUCUCCAAUUAUUGGCUUCAUAAUUGAAAAGAAAGAUAAAUAUGGAAAAUGGGAGAAGGCAGUCGAGGUUCCAGCUAAUCAGUAUGAAGCAAGAGUACCUGACCUAACUGAAGGCCAAGCUUAUGAAUUUAGAGUAAGCGCGGUCAAUGCCGCUGGACCUGGAGAACCUUCUGAUGCUACUCAUUCAUUAACGGCAAAGUCCCGCAAUAAACCGCCCGUUAUUGAUCGAUCCAAUCUUAUAGAGGUCCGAAUAAAAGCUGGACAAGGAUUUGGAUUCGAUUGUAAGGUAUCUGGUGAACCAGCACCAAAAACUAAGUGGCUGCUUAAAAACAAAGAAAUUCAUACCAAAGAAAAUUUAAAAAUUACCCAUAUUGAUUAUAAUACCAAAUUAAAAGUAAAUGGUGCUACUCGGUCAGAUUCGGGGCUCUACACUGUAGAGGCAGAAAAUGAAAAUGGCAAAGAUAGUGCCAACGUUAAAGUAACAGUAAUUGAUAAACCUUCCCCACCAAAUGGGCCUCUUAAAGUAACUGAUGUUGCGGCUGAAGGCUGCACUCUUCAUUGGAACCCUCCAGAUGAUGAUGGAGGUCAACCGAUAGACAGUUAUUCUUUAGAAAAAUUAGAUGAGGUGACAGGUCGAUGGAUACCUGCAGGUGAAACAGACAGUCCAAUCACUAAUAUCAGAAUAAAAGGUCUUACUCCGGGUCAUAAAUACAAAUUCAGAGUUCGCGCUAAAAAUCGUCAAGGAGUUUCAGAUCCUCUCACAACACCUCAUGUAAUUGAAGCCAAAAAUCCUUAUGAUGAACCAACAAAGCCUGGUAUUCCCAUUAUAACCGAUUUUGAUAAAGAUUUUGUAGAUUUGGAAUGGACUAGGCCGGAUAGUGAUGGUGGCUCCCCUAUUACUGGAUAUAUAAUUGAGAAGCGGGAUAAGUACUCACCAAAUUUUGAACAGAUUGUUGAAAUAAAUGGCGACAUUACAAACGGACAUGUUCCUGGUUUAAUCGAAGGAGUUAAAUAUGAGUUCCGAGUCAGAGCCGUAAAUAAGGCCGGAUUGGGUACUCCUAGUGAUUCAACUGAACCACAUUUGGCACGGUCAAAGAAUUUGCCACCUAAUAUAGAUCGAAAUUUCAUGACCGACAUAAAGAUUAAAGCUGGAAAUGUAUUUGAAUUUAAUGUACCAGUUUCUGGUGAGCCAAUACCAAGCAAAGAAUGGAGCCACGACGACAGCAUGGUAAUUAAUACAGAUCGUGUAAAAAUUACAAAUUAUAAUGAUCGUACGAAGUUAAGAACAAUAGAUGCCAAACGAUCUGAUACAGGGUCUUACACUUUGGUUGCUCGUAAUAUAAACGGAGUUGAUAAACACACUGUCAAGCUUAUUGUCCUAGAUAUACCAACUGCUCCUGAGGGCCCAUUACGUCAUAAUGAUGUUAGUAAAAGCUCUGCUAUGUUAAGUUGGCGACCACCGAGGGAUGAUGGAGGAUCAGAAAUUACACACUAUGUUGUAGAAAAAAUGGACAAUGAAGCUAUGCGAUGGAUCCCUGUCGGUGAAAGUUCUAGCACAGAAAUUAGAGCUGAUAAUCUUAUUGAAAACCAUGAAUAUAACUUCAGAGUUCGUGCCGUUAACAAGCAAGGACAAUCGCAGCCUUUAGUUACUUCACAGUUGAUUACAGCCAAGGAUCCAUAUUCUCAUCCUGACAAGCCAGGCCAGCCGAUAGCUGUGGAUUGGGGUAAAGAUUAUGUUCAAUUAGAAUGGACAGCUCCCAAAAAAGACAAUGGAGCACCUAUAUCUUCAUUCAUUGUCGAGAAGAGGCCCAAAUUUGGCUUAUGGGAAAGAGCUUUAAUGGUUCCCAGCAACGAACUUACAGCUUACAUACCAGAAUUGACAGAUGGUGGAGAAUAUGAGUUCCGUAUUAUUGCCGUUAACCGUGCUGGUCCAAGCGAUCCAUCCGAUCCAUCCACCCCUAUCAUUUGUAAGCCCCGAUUUUUGGCUCCAUAUUUCGAUAAAAAUAGUUUGAACGACAUCACAGUUCAUGCUGGCAAGCGUUUGGGUUGGAACUUGCCAAUUGAAGCAUCUCCCAAGCCAUCUAUAAAGUGGCUACACAAUGGAAAAGAAACUGCGAGUACUCGUGGUGAGAGUAGCUUGUUCCAAAAUGAACUAACUUUUGAAAUAGCAUCGGCAAUAAGAGGUGAUGAGGGAAGGUACACACUCAUUCUGAAGAAUGAGCAUGGAUGCUUUGAUGCAUCGGCACAUGUCACUGUCUUAGAUCGACCCUCACCACCCAAAGGUCCCGUAGAUAUAACAAAAAUAACAAGAGACGGAUGUCAUUUAGCUUGGAAUGUUCCAGAAGAUGACGGAGGAUCCCCCAUUUUGCAUUAUGUGGUUGAAAAAAUGGACUUGUCAAGGGGAACUUGGUCGGAUGCUGGUAUGAGCACACAUCCUGUUCAUGACGUAUCUCGACUGGUUCACCGAAAAGAAUAUCUGUUCCGAGUAAAAGCCGUUAACGCAGUAGGUGAAUCAGAACCAAUGGAGGCUGCUAACUCUAUAAUAGCCAAAAAUGAGUUUGACGAACCGGAUGCACCAGGAAAGCCAAAUAUUAUUGAUUGGGAUCGUGAUCAUGUUGAUUUACAAUGGGCUGAGCCAAAGAAUGAUGGGGGAGCACCUUUAGAAGAAUAUAUUGUACAGAAAAAAGAAAAGGGUUACCCAUACUGGACAAACGUUUUGCAUGUUCCUCCUAAUCAAAAUAAUGCAAAGGUGUCUGAACUAACUGAGGGACAAGAGUAUGAGUUCAGAGUAAUUGCCGUUAAUCAGGCGGGGCAGUCCGAACCUUCAGAACCUUCGGAUUUAAUAAAGGCAAAGGCCCGUUAUUUGGCUCCAAAAAUAUUAUCACCACUUCGUGAAAUCCGGAUUAAAGCUGGGCUUAUUUUUCAUAUAGAUAUAGAUUUUAUUGGCGAGCCAGCUCCAGAAGCAAUUUGGACGCAUAAUAAUAAUCCUUUAAUAUCUAAUGACAAGUCAACAAUUACAUCUAUCGGUCAUCACACCGUUGUUCAUACUGUUAAUUGCCAACGUACUAAUUCUGGAAUAUAUCAUUUAUUAUUACGCAAUGACUCAGGAAUUGAUGAAGGAAGUUUUGAGCUCAUUGUGCUGGACCGUCCUGGACCACCAGAUGGCCCAAUGCAGUUUGAAGAAAUAACAGCCAAUUCAGUUACCGUAUCCUGGAAACCUCCAAAAGAUAAUGGAGGCUCUGAAAUAUCAUCAUACAUUAUUGAAAAACGAGAUUUAACCCAUGGGGGUGGAUGGGUUCCAGCGGUAAACUAUGUUAACGCAAAAUAUAACCAUGCUGUUGUCCCCAGGCUAUUAGAAGGAACUAAGUACGAGUUCAGAGUAAUGGCGGAAAAUUUGCAAGGUCGGUCUGAUCCACUUACUUCAGACCACCCAAUUAUAGCUAAAAACCAAUAUACUGUACCUGGUAUACCUGGAAAACCUGAAAUAGCUGACAGUGACAAGGACCAUAUUUCUAUUAAAUGGAAGCAACCAAUUAGCAAUGGAGGAAAUUCUAUAAUUGGCUACGAUAUUGAGCGCCGGGACGUUAAUACAGGCCGAUGGAUUAAAAUAAAUGGACAGCCCAUACCUAUCACAGAGUAUCAAGACGAUAGAGUUUCAACAAACCAUCAAUAUCAAUACAGAGUAUCGGCUAUUAAUGCUGCUGGUAACAGCAAGCCAUCAGAGCCAUCAUCUAUAUUCCAUGCUCGCCCAUUGAGGGAAAAGCCAAAGCUUUAUUUAGAUGGCUUGGUAGGAAAACGUCUCAAAGUACGUGCAGGUGAGCCUGUUAAUAUAACGAUACCUAUAUCCGGAGCACCAACGCCUACAAUUGAAUGGAAAAAGGACAGCCAAAAUUUGGCAGAAGGAAAGCGCGUGUCCUCUGAUACAAAUUCAGAACGCAGUGUUUUCCGUAUUGAUGAUUCAAGACGACAAGAUUCAGGAAAGUACAGUAUAAUUGCUAGCAAUGAUUUUGGAAUCGAUAAAGCUGACAUUGAAAUUAUUGUUGUUGAUAAGCCGACACCACCUGAAGGACCACUUUGUUAUACAAAAACAGCUCCCGAUCAUAUUUCUCUCCAGUGGAAUCCACCCAAAGACGAUGGUGGCAGUGAAAUAACUGGAUACGUAAUUGAGUUUUCAGAGUUUGGUACAGAUGACUGGAAGCCUGUACCAGGCUAUUGUCCCAAAACGAAUUAUACUGUGAAGGGACUUUUAGAAGGAAGGAAAUAUAUUUUCCGUGUUAGAGCAGAAAAUAUUUAUGGAUCAUCAGACGCUUUAGAGGGCAAUCCCGUAAUAUCAAAAUCUCCAUUUGAUCCCCCUGGUCCUCCAUCCCAACCAAGUAUUACUGCAUAUUCGCCAAAUUCGGCUAGUUUGGAAUGGCAUCCGCCAGACUACUGUGGUGGAAAGCCUAUCUCAGGGUACAUUGUUGAGCGACGUGAACGUGGUGGCGAAUGGAUAAAGUGCAAUAAUUAUCCCACACCAAAUGCAAGCUAUACAGUACCCGAUUUGCGUGACGGUGUUCGUUACGAGUUCCGUGUAACUGCUGUCAAUGAGGCUGGACCAGGCCAACCGUCAAAGCCCUCUGAUUCAGUCACAGCUAAGUUGCAAUGCUAUUGCCCAGAUCCGCCCGAGCCUCCAAAACCUGAUCGUAUUUCCAAGGAUAGUGUGACAUUGUCUUGGAGGCCUCCACGCAAUGAUGGAAAAUCAAAAAUCAAAGGUUAUUACGUUGAAAUGCGGCCUAAAAAUGGAAACGAUUGGAAACCUGUUAACGAAUUGCCCAUUAAUUCCACUGUCUAUGUAGUACCUCACCUAAAAGAAGGGGAAGAAUAUUUGUUCCGAGUAAUUGCGGAAAACGAUGUUGGGCGCUCAAGUCCAUCGAAACCCUCACAGCCGAUUAUGAUUGAGGAGCAACCUAAUAAGCCUAGCAUGGAGUUAGGAAGUGUGCGGGACAUAGUGUGCCGAGCAGGUGAUGAUUUCAGCAUUCAUGUACCGUACAUGGCAUUCCCCAAACCUAACGCCUCAUGGUACUCUAAUGACACAAUCCUGGAUGAUGAUAAUCGUGUACAUCAGCAUUUGACAGAUGAUGCUGCAUCUAUCGUAGUUAAAAACUCCAACCGAUGCGAUUCUGGACAAUAUAGACUUCAACUGAAAAACCCUUCAGGUUUUGAUACUGCUACAAUUAAUGUUAAGGUUUUGGAUAGACCAGGUCCACCAAGUAAUCUCCGUGCAGAUGAAUUUUCUGGGGACUCAUUAACUUUAUAUUGGAAUCCACCAAAAGAUGAUGGUGGUUCCCCCAUUCAGAAUUACAUAAUCGAAAAGAAGGAAGCUCACUCUCCUACCUGGAACAAAGUGAGCAGUUAUUGUACAGUUCCAUUUGUACGUAUACGAAACCUCACGAUUAAUAAGGAAUAUGAUUUUCGCGUAAUUGCUGAAAAUAAAUAUGGCCAGUCCGAUUCAGCAAAUACCUCAGAGCCUAUAAAAGCUAGACAUCCGUUCGAUGUUCCGAACGCUCCUGGUAUACCACGUGGCAUUGACUCUUCUGAAGACAGUAUAACGAUAUCAUGGUCAAAACCAAAGCAUGACGGAGGCUCUCCUAUAUCCGGAUAUAUUAUUGAAAAGCGACUGCUGAGCGAUGAUAAGUGGACCAAGGCUGUGCACGCCCUUUGCCCAGAUCUCACCUGUAAGAUUCCGAGCCUUAUUGAGAAUGCUGAAUACGAAUUCAGAGUAGCUGCUGUAAAUGCAGCAGGCCAAUCAGCUUUCAGUGCAUCUAGUGACUUAAUCUUUUGCAGACGACCACCGAAUGCACCCAAGAUAACGUCUGAUUUAUCAAUUCGUGAUAUGACUGUUAUUGCGGGUGAAGAAUUUCAUAUUACUGUACCAUAUAAUGCCAAUCCUCGUCCCACGCCGUCAUGGACUCUGAAUGGCAUUGAUGUAGCUCCAAAUGAUCGAGUUCACUUUAAUACUGAUGAUUAUAUUUCAGUUUAUUAUAAUAAAUUUGCUAAACGGUGUGAGACAGGAGCUUACACGAUUACACUUACAAAUACAAAGGGAGCAGAUACUGCAUCUUGCCACAUCACUGUCGUUGACAGGCCCGCGCCACCCCAAGGCCCACUUAAUGCCUAUGACAUAACACCAGAUAAUUGUACCCUAGCUUGGAAGACACCAUUAGAUGAUGGCGGGUCUCCAAUUACAAAUUACGUUGUAGAAAAGCUAGAUCCAAGUGGAACUUGGGUCAAAGUAAGCAGUUUUGUUCGUAAUACCCACUAUGAUGUAAUGGGAUUGGAGCCACAGCACAAGUAUCAUUUUCGCGUAAAGGCCGAAAAUCAAUAUGGACUGUCAGAUCCUCUUGUACUCUCCGAUCCCAUUGUAGCCAAACACCAAUUCACUGUGCCAGAUGAACCUGGUCAACCAAAGGUUAUUGAUUGGGACUCUGGAAAUGUAACAUUGAUUUGGACACGACCAACAAGUGAUGGUGGUUCACGCAUUCAAGGCUAUCAAAUAGAAUAUCGUGAUAUUGUUAAUGACUCAUCAUGGAAUACAUAUGACUUUUUAAUAAAAGAUACUAAAUAUCAGCUUUAUAAUUUGGCUAAUGGUACUGAAUACGAAUUCCGUAUCAAGGCUAAAAAUGCCGCUGGUCUAAGCAAACCAUCCCCUCCAUCAUUAAGAUUUAAACUAAAAGGAAAAGUUUCCGCACCAUCUCCUCCUGAAACACCUCAAGUCACUAAGGUCGGCAAAAAUUAUGUAGACUUAAAAUGGGAAAAACCAUUGAGAGAUGGAGGUUCCCGUAUAACUAAUUAUGUGAUUGAAAGAAGAGAUAUAGGUGGAGCUUUAUGGGUCAAAUGCAACGAUUUCAACGUUUUAGACACUGAAUAUACGGUAACCAGCUUAAUUGAAAUGGGCGAUUACGAAUUCCGAAUUUUCGCAGUAAACUCGGCAGGUCGUUCGGAGCCAAGCCUAUGUACAAUGCCUGUUAAGGUUUGUGAAGUUAUUGGAGGAGAAAAACCUGAAUGGAUCACUCGGUUACAAAAUAGAGUAGUGCCCCAUGGCAAGGACUGCACAUUAAAAUGCGAAGCCAUUGGUAAGCCUAGCCCAAUAUCAAGGUGGCUCCGUAAUGGAAAGGAAAUUCAAAUGGGUGUCAGUCGAUUUUCUUGUGAUAGUAUUGAUGGAGUUUAUCGACUUCAUAUAUCUAAUGUACAGGCUGGAGACGAAGGAAAUUAUACUUGUGAGGCAACAAACUCUCUUGGAUUUGUUCACACUACAGGUUUCCUGAAAAUCGGAUCUCCACCAAUCAUCAACAAAUGUCCCAAAGAACUCUAUUUACCCGAAGGCGACAACACCAAAAUUAAAAUUUACUACUCCGGAGAUCAGCCGCUAUCUGUAAAAAUAACAAAAAAUAACGAAGUUAUAUCAGAUGAUAAUGAUGAGUCACAUUUUAAGUUUACCAUAUUUGACGAAUAUGCAGCUUUAUUUAUUCGAGAUAUUGUAAAGAAUGACGCUGGACUGUAUCAAAUCGAAUUUACGAACGAUUCUGGCAGUGCCAUUGGACAAUUUGAUGUGCGCAUUACAGGCAUACCAUCAGCGCCGACAGGACCAAUGGGUGUUUCGAAUAUUAAUAAACACUCAUGUAUAGUAACUUGGCGUCAGCCUGCUCAUGAUGGGGGCCUUAGGGUUACUCACUAUAUUGUGGAGCGAAAAGAUGUUGCAUCACCACAUUGGAUAACAGUAUCCAGUACUUGCAAAGAUACAUCGUUCAAUGUUCAGGGCCUAAUCGAAAAUCAAGAAUAUAUUUUCAGAGUAAUGGCUGUAAACGAAAAUGGAAUGGGUCCGCCAUUGGAAGGAUUGAAUCCCAUUCGCGCAAAGGCACCAAUAGAUCCGCCUUCUCCCCCAGGCAUACCGCAAAUUUUGGAAAUUGGAGGAGAUUUUGUGCAUUUGGAGUGGACCAAACCGGAAUCUGAUGGCGGCUCUCACAUUCAAGGCUAUUGGAUUGAUAAACGCGAAGCGGGUAGUGACACAUGGCAGCGUGUGAAUGUUACCAUUUGCUCAGCCACUCAAAUAAACUGCCCACAUUUAAUCGAAACCCGGCAAUAUGAGUUUCAAGUGUUUGCCCAGAAUGCUGCAGGCAUAUCCAAAGCAUCCUCUGCCUCUCAAACAGUUAAAAUAGUGGAUCCAAAGGCAGCUUCGCCUCCAUUUGUUGUGAAACCUUUGCGUGAUGCGAACUGUAUUCAAAAUCAUAAUGCGCAGUUCUCAUGUACAAUUAGUGGCAUACCCAGGCCAACUAUAACCUGGUAUAAGGGAGCCCGCGAAAUUACAAAUGGGGCCAGAUAUCAUAUUUAUUCAGAAGGCGACAAUCACUUCCUCAGUAUAAAUGACAUUUUUGGUGAAGAUGCUGAUGAAUAUGUAUGCCGUGCGGUCAAUAAAGCCGGAGCAAAAUCAACCCGUGCUGCUUUGGUAAUAAUGACGGCUCCAAAACUGAACGUUCCACCUCGAUUUAGAGAUACUGCUUACUUUGAUAAAGGAGAGAAUGUAGUUAUUAAAAUACCUUUCACUGGUUUUCCAAAACCCCGUAUAAACUGGGUUAAAGAAGGCGAGAAUAUUGAGUCUGGUGGUCAUUAUGCAGUGGAAGUCAAGGAAAGACAUGCCGUACUUAUAAUCCGAGACGGGUCACGCCUUGACUCUGGGCCGUACAGAAUUACGGCUGAAAAUGAACUUGGUUCAGAUACCGCUAUUGUUCAAGUGCAAAUUAGCGAUCGACCAGAUCCGCCACGAUUCCCCUUGAUCGAAAACAUAGGUACAGAUUCCUUAUCUCUUAGCUGGAAGUCACCUGUUUGGGAUGGUGGCAGUGAUAUAACAAAUUACUAUGUUGAACGCCGUGAGCAUCCUCUGGCAUCUUGGAUACGAGUCGGAAACACCCGUUUUACUUUAAUGGCCGUUGGUGGAUUAAAUGCUGGAAAAGAGUAUGAUUUCCGUAUAUUUGCUGAUAAUGUUUAUGGUCGUUCUGAGCCAUCUAAUACCAGUACACUAAUAAAGACAAAGGAAGCUAUUAAAAAGAAACCAACCGAGCGAAAAUGGGAGCUAGACGCAAAUGGCAAAAAAGUGCGGGGCAAAGCAGAUGGUCAAAUUAAAGACUACGACUCGUAUGUUUUCGAUAUUUAUUCAAAGUUUGUUCCUCAGCCCGUUGAAAUAUCUCAGCAAAGUGUUUACGAUAAAUAUGAUAUACUUGAGGAAAUAGGUACCGGUGCUUUUGGGGUAGUACAUAGAUGCCGGGAACGAAGCACAGGAAAUAUAUUUGCUGCUAAAUUUAUUCCAGUGUCUCAUUUAAUUGAAAGAGAUUUAAUUCGUCGUGAAAUAGAUGUUAUGAAUCAGCUACACCAUCAGAAGCUUAUUAACUUGCACGACGCAUUUGAUGAUGAUGACGAAAUGGUUCUUAUAUUGGAAUUUUUAUCUGGUGGAGAGCUUUUCGAACGAAUCACAGUUGAGGGUUACGUUAUGACGGAAGCCGAAGUUAUCAACUAUAUGAGACAGAUUUGCGAAGGUCUUAAACAUAUGCAUGAAAGGAACAUUAUUCAUUUGGAUAUUAAACCCGAAAAUAUAAUGUGCCAGACCAGAUCAAGCACAAACGUAAAACUUAUUGAUUUCGGUUUGGCAACGCGGCUAGAUCCAAACGAAGUAGUUAAAAUCACCACAGGAACAGCUGAAUUUGCCGCCCCUGAAAUUGUUAACAGAGAACCAGUUGGAUUCUAUACUGAUAUGUGGUCCACUGGAGUAUUGGCAUAUGUUUUGUUGAGUGGAUUAUCACCUUUUGCCGGUGAUAAUGAUGUUCAAACACUUAAAAACGUAAAAGCAUGCGAAUGGGAUUUUGAUGAGCAAUCUUUUAACAAUAUUUCGGAUGAUGGAAAAGACUUUAUACGAAAACUACUGGUUGCAAACAAAGAAAAACGUAUGACUGCGCAUGAAUGUCUUUUACAUCCGUGGCUAACUGGUGAUCACAGUAACAUGACACAAGCGAUUACUCGCGACCGUUAUUUGGCUUAUCGCGAAAAGAUAAGAAGAAAAUUUGAGGACUUUGAAAAAUAUUUAUUGCCUAUUGGGCGGCUUUCGGAAUAUUCUUCCUUAAGGAAAUUAUUGAUGGAAAAGUAUAAAAUUCACGAUACAGUUUUUGAUCGCCGCCAAGCUGCGCCACGUUUUGUUAUUCGACCAUCGUCCCAAUUCUGUUAUGAGGGACAAAGCGUUAAGUUUUAUUGUCGGUGUAUAGCUAUUGCUACACCGACGCUUACGUGGACACACAAUAACAUAGAAUUACGACAGAGCGUAAAGUUUAUGAAACGAUAUUCAGGAGAUGAUUACUAUUUUAUAAUUAACCGUGUAAAGUUAGAUGACCGCGGUGAAUACAUUAUCCGAGCCGAUAACCACUAUGGCUCCAGAGAAGAAGUCGUUUUCCUGAACGUCCAACCUUUGCCAAAAGAGCAACCGAGGUAUCGAACGGAAUCAACACCGAUUCGCCGACGGGAUCCAUUGCCGUACACCUUUUGGCAGGAGGAGUCAGAAUCAGCACCUAGUUUUACAUUCCUUUUGCGGCCACGUGUAAUGCAGGCCCGUGACACAUGCAAACUACUAUGUUGUUUAAGCGGCAAGCCAGUCCCAUCUGUUAAAUGGUAUAAGGAUGGUCGUGAGCUUAGCAAAUAUGAAUAUGCAAUGACCCACUCCGAUGGAGUUGUGACUAUGGAAAUAAUUGACUGCAAACCAUCCGAUUCGGGAAAAUAUAUCUGCAAGGCAACAAACUGUCAUGGAUUUGACGAAACCGAAUGCGUUGUGAUUGUAGAAGGAGAAUGGGUUACACCCGAGCAGGCUGAGCUUGCUCACAAUUUUCUUUAUUCAGGAGAUCGCAAAUACAUAGAGCAGCCACUUAAACCAGCGCCACCUCAAAUUGUAACAUCCCGCCAGCUCACCUCAACUUCAAUGCAAGAAACUUCUGAAACUAAAAACGACGAAAAUAGCAAUCAGAGUAACCUUUCAAAUAAGAAAAAAUAUGCGGCGAGUAGUUUAAAAGCCCCUGGUAGCCCAUCGAGAUCACGAAGUGCAACUAAGGAGUUAAUACUACCCCCCGAUGAUUCGCUAAUGUUUAAGCCGGAGUUUAUAGUUCCUCUGCACGAUUUGAAUAUUCAUGACGGAGAGCAGUUGGUACUUAGCUGCCAUGUGAAAGGAGACCCAGAGCCACAGAUCACAUGGUCUAAAAACGGAAAGUCUAUUUCAUCUUCCGAUAUAAUUGACUUGAAGUACAGAAAUGGAGUUGCAACAUUAACCAUUAACGAAGUUUUUCCUGAAGACGAGGGUAUUUUUACGUGUACAGCCACAAAUUCUAUUAGCGCGGUAGAAACCAAAUGCAAGUUAACAAUAAAAGCUCUGGGAAAAAAUAUUUCCAAUCUUCGAGUUGCCUCCAAAGAUAAUGCACCUAAAGUAGUUAGUCACCUGGAGUCCCGGUAUGUCAAAGAUGGUGACGCAGUUACAUUGGCUUGUCGAAUUAUUGGAGCCGAACAUUUUGAUGUGGUGUGGUUGCAUAACAACAAAGAGAUAAAACCAAGCAAGGAUUUCCAAUAUUCUAAAGAGGCGAAUAUAUAUCGUUUGCAAAUAGCAGAAAUUUUUCCAGAAGAUGGAGGUACUUAUACCUGCGAGGCUUUUAAUGAUGUAGGUGAAUCGUUUAGUUCUUGUACUAUAAAUGUCAGUGUGCCUGGAGAUGAGCCAAAACAUCCCGCGUUUGUAAGGUUCCCCAUUUCAGUUUCAAUUCAAGAGGGGGAAAAUGUAAUAUUUGACUGCGAAUUAGACUCAGAGAUUCUUAAUUUGAUUUGGGUGAAGGAUGGUAAACCCAUCGAUGAAACUCUUUCGCGAUACUCAUUUACUAAGGAAAAUAACAUAUAUUCUUUUUCGGUUUCCAAAUGUAAUAUGGACGAUGUUGGUCAAUAUCAGGCCAAAGCUAUUGCAAGAAAGGGUGAAAGUAUAUGCGCGUUUUCAGUAAACAUAUAUAACUCUGAGCUCUAAAAACCACCGAAAAAAAAUAUCUAUAUACAUUAUUUUUUAUCUGAUAAGAUCUUAUCAAGUUUAGACUGCUCAUUUUAUGUCGGUUUUAUCACUCAAACAUCUUCAUACAAACAUAAACAUUUUGUAUAUUUAUAGUUUUAUAUAAAUUGUUUAUGCAUUUCCACUCUUUAUUAUCGCGAAUAUCAAAUUUACCUGAUAAAUCAUGUACUACAUAUAGUAAUAUUAUUAAGCGAACCAACCUUGUUUAGAAAUUUAAGCUAUCGAAUAUUUUAAAGAAUGAAUGCCAAAUUGAUUACAGAUACUAUGUAAGGUUUUAGAAGCCUCGAUAAUUGAAUGACUUAUGGCAUCCUCAAAAAAACACCUACUCAUUAGGCAUUCAAGAGUUCGAGACCUUUAAUUCUAAUCAUUAUUAUAUCUACGUAACCUAUGUAGGGCUAAAGUAUUCGAAAGGUAAUUGACAAAAAAAAUAAUAAACAAAAUUAUUAUUUAAAUAAA